GUGAAACAGACUGAAGCAAGAGAAAAGAGAAGAAACACAAUGGAUGACGGAAAAACCAGACACAAUGGCAAUGAUACACAUGCCCUUCCGCCGCAAUCAAUAUGUGAUAUGUACCGGAAGUACCAGAAAAUGGACGACGCAGCAGUCGAUGGAGACCUUCAUAUCAUUGAUUUCAACCGUGGGUUGACCGAAGAUCAGCAAAUGCAGCUCAUCGCCGUUGACAUCAUCCCAUCCGAAUUAAUUGCCUCCGCCGAAAAAGCCUUCAAAAAUCACGGGAAGACCACCAAUGGGGACUUGGUUGAGGCAGAGUCCCUUCCUCCAGCGUGUACCGUCUAUGAGCAUAAGGAAUUCCCAGGCCUCCGCUUGUUCCCAUCUCUCCUCCCCCCCGAAAGCCAAUGGCUCAUGCUCGACCAUCUCCUACACCGUGAGCUGUCUAUUCCGCUACAUACAAAUAACCUCAGUCAAGACUAUACCAUCCCGUAUCCUCCGCAUCUGGCAGACGCAACAUCGCCGCUGUCUUUCUUCACUUAUCCGCAAAACAACAAGCAUCCAGCUUUCAUUCCCAUCAACCCUCUCUCGUCCCACAAGACACUCAAUACAGCGCAGUUCUUACAAAAGAAGCUUCGCUGGCUGACUCUCGGUUCGCAAUACAAUUGGAGUACACGAUCUUAUCCACCUUCUUCUCCGACUCCUUUCCCGGCCGACCUUGCCGAACUCGUUACCACUCUUUUCAAAGCAUCUUUUAAGCCUGAGUCCGGCGUCGUACUGCUCUAUAGCCCGAAAGACUACAUGCCUGUUCAUCGCGACGUCUCCGAGGAGAGUCCGCGAGGACUAGCUAGCUUCACGCUUGGCUGCGAUGGACUAUUCAUCAUUGCGAAAGAGGACCUGCCUCGGGAAGAGCGCGAACAGGGUGACGAACCCGAAGCACCCCCGCAUCAUGCUUCUUCAAAAAACUCGAAAUCAGACUCCCCGAAGCAACCUAUGGUUGUGAUACGCGUACGAAGCGGGGACGUAGUUCAGAUGGACGGCCCAACACGGUGGGCAUGGCACGCGAUGCCGAAAGUUAUGGCGGGAACGUGUCCUGAAAGUUUGCAUGCGUGGCCGGUCAAAGAGGGGGGUGGGGCACCGAAGGAGUAUGCGCGGUGGAAGGGCUAUAUGCGAAGCAAGAGGCUCAAUAUUAGCUGUCGGCAAGUGUGGGAGGGCCCUACUAAUGACAUGGAUGGAUGAUUCGACUGAGAUCGAUCUUGAAUAUACAGCACUAGGUCUGAAGUCUGGGCACACGGACUUAUCACUGCUUGACUCCAACCUUGCUCACUCAGCACCACUGUGAGGAGCAACCUAGCCAAUAAGUAGCUAUUUAGUCAAAGGGCCGUCUAAUUCGCACUGCUUAAAACUUGACAUCGCG